GAGAACGACUCGACCACCACACAAACCACCCCUCGACGCCUACCUACCUAGGUAUCGCACGCACACUCUGCACCACACCCAGCUCUCUCUGUCUCUACCUGGCAUUUCCCAAUUGAACCUAUAAGCCAGGUACCUAACCAGUGCCCCUCCCUUACUACACAGGGAACUGCAGCUGCUGUUGCUAGAGCCAAGGCCCCUCCAGAUGACUCACGCUCUCUAAAAAGAACCCCACCAGACGAUCAAAUAGAUGAAGCCUUUUCACUCUUUCGUACACCAAUCACCUCCAAUUCGUUCCGCAGCUAGCUUCUGUGUAGUUCGGCCGGCCGCUUUUUUCCACUGCCACCAUCGUUACCCCUCCCCCUCCUUGCCCUUCCGCUCCUACUCCCACCACCACCACUUCCAACACCGCACCCUCACCACCACUCGUCACCUCUCCCGGGCCCAAGUCCUUACCCCCUCGAAAAAGAACAAGCCCAACGACGCCAUCCCCAAGAUGACGACCACUGCGACGACCCUGAAGGGUCAGCCCCUCGACCGGCAGGCCCUCGAUGCCAUGCUGCGCCGGCGUCUCUUCUUCACCCCGGCUUUCGAGAUUUACGGCGGCGUCGCCGGCCUCUUCGACUAUGGCCCCCCCGGCUGCUCCCUGCAAGCCAACAUUGUCGACAUCUGGCGCAAGCACUUCAUCCUCGAGGAGGACAUGCUCGAGAUCGACACCACCGUCCUGACCCCGCACGAGGUUCUCAAGACCUCGGGCCACGUCGACAAGUUCGCGGACUGGAUGUGCAAGGACCCCAAGAACGGCGAUAUCCUUCGUGCCGAUCACUUCGUUGAGGACGUGCUCGAGUUCCGCCUCAAGGGUAACAAGGAGGCUCGCGGCGAAAAGGUCGAGGAGGAGGACGACCCCAAGAAGAAGAAGAAGAGAAAGACAAAGACCGAGGCCGUCAAGCUCGACGACAACGUCGUCCAGGAGUACGAGGAGGUCCUGGCCAAGAUCGACAACUACAAUGGCACGGAGCUCGGCGAGCUUAUCAAGAAAUACGACCUCAAGAACCCGGCCACCGGCGUUCAGCCCUCGCCUCCUGUCGCCUUCAACCUCAUGUUCCAGACCUCUAUUGGCCCCAGCAGCAACCUGGCUGGCUACUUACGUCCCGAGACCGCUCAGGGCCAGUUCCUCAACUUCGCCAAGCUUCUCGACUUUAACAUGCAGCAGAUGCCCUUCGCCUCCGCCUCCAUUGGCCGCUCCUACCGUAACGAGAUUUCCCCGCGCGCCGGCCUCCUGAGAGUCCGCGAAUUCCUCAUGGCCGAGAUCGAGCACUUUGUCGACCCCGAGGGCGGCAAGAAGCACCACCGCUUCCCUGAGGUCGAUGCCAUCGAGCUCACCCUGCUGGACCGCCACACCCAGCUUGCCGGCAAGACGGACGUCAAGAAGAUGACGAUUGGCGACGCCGUGCGCAACAAGGUCGUCGACAACGAGACUCUCGGUUACUUUCUCGCUCGCAUCCACCUCUUCCUACAGAAGAUUGGUGUCGACAUGUCCAAGGUCCGCUUCCGUCAGCACAUGGAGAACGAGAUGGCCCACUACGCUGCCGACUGCUGGGACGCUGAGCUCCUCACCUCUUCCGGCUGGAUCGAGUGUGUCGGUUGUGCUGACCGCAGCGCCUACGAUCUGUCCGUCCACGCCAAGAAGACGGGCGCCCCCCUCGUCGUACGCGAGCGCCUCGACGAGCCACUCAUCUUCGAGGAGUGGCAGGUCGAGAUUGACAAAAAGAAAUUCGGUCCCCAGUUCAAGAAGGACGGCAAGACGGUCGAGGCGGCCCUCGAGGCCACCGCCCAGGAGCAACGCGAGAAGCUCGCCAAGCAGCUCACCGAUAACGGCGAGCUCGAGCUCGAGGUUGCCGGCGUCGGCAGCGGCACGGUCAAGGUCAGCAAGGACCUCGUCAAGAUCGAGUUCAGGAAGCGUAUCGAGAACACCAGGGAGUACACUCCCAACGUCAUUGAGCCGUCAUUUGGUAUCGGUCGAAUCCUGUACUCGUUGAUCGAGCACGUCUACUGGAAUCGCGCCACCGAAGAUGGCGGCGAUGAGGCCCGCGGAGUCCUCUCCUUCCCACCGACGGUCGCCCCGACCAAGGUUCUCAUUGUGCCCCUGUCGGCCAACAAGCAAUUCCAGCCCUUCAUCAACAAGAUCUCGCAGAAGCUGCGCAAGAUCGGCAUCUCAGCCCGCGUAGACUCGUCCUCGGCCACGAUCGGCAAGCGUUACAGCCGUAACGACGAGCUCGGCACGCCCCUGGGCAUCACCAUUGACUUCCAGACCGUUCAGGACAGCACCAUCACCCUCAGAGAUCGCGACUCGACCAAGCAGGUCCGCGCGGACGAGGACACCAUCGUCGCGGCCAUCCAGAGCCUCGUCAAUGGCGCCAAGGAGUGGAAGGAUGUUGCGGCUGAGCUCCCGGCAUUUGAGGGUCAGGAGGUCGAUGUCACCGUUCGGUAAAAGCAUUUCUUUUAAUACGGAUACGGUUUUCCUCUUACUGUAAUGGAUUCCAGGGAGAAGGAGAGGGAGAAGCAGAAGAGCAA